AUGCAAAGACACAUACUAUCUAGAAGCAACCAGUGCCUGCUGCGUGGCAAUGUGCUGGCAGUGAGACAUCUUUCUCAAAGGCCACUGGCAAGGACUAAGAGGUUUUUGCAAACCUCUCAGAAUGGGGAUAAAGUGAAUGCUCCAGUUUGGCCAUUCAAUUUUGAAAUUCCAGUGAAGAACGGUAAGAGUAGUGCACCUGGUACACAGGAAGAAGCAUCUGGAUCUGGGACCGCAGGUGCUAAAAAGACAUGGCUCACUUACUCGCUUCCUAAAAAUGUUGCCAAGAAGGGGGAACCUUUACAGACCCAACCACCCAAAGUCGAUGAAAAUAUUCAACCAAAAAAACGUGCAAAGAGAAAGCUAAGGCCACGUAAAGCUCUAAUAUCGUUGACGCCCAAUGCUCUUUCUCAUUUGAAGGGGUUGCUCGAUCAACCUGAACCUAAACUAAUAAGAAUAGGAGUUAAAAAUAGAGGAUGUUCCGGUUUGACUUACGAUUUGCAAUAUAUUACUAGUCCAGGAAAGUUCGAUGAAGUGGUAGAGCAAGACGGUGUGAAGGUUAUAAUUGAUUCAAAGGCUCUUUUCAGUAUAGUUGGUAGUGAAAUGGACUGGGUAGAUGAUAAGUUGUCCUCUAGAUUUGUUUUCAAGAAUCCAAACUCUAAGGGUACAUGCGGAUGCGGUGAAAGUUUCAUGGUAUAA